GGAGAUGUGCUGGUGCCCUGUCAUUCUCCACUUCAGCUCGGUCCGGUUUACAGGGUUCGACUCGUUCUCUUCUAGGUCCAUUUGAUGUGCCGAACCACGGGGAAUAUAAUCCGUYCACGACCUUUAUUUGACAGCUUGGUGUUCGUGUGUCUGCCUCUCUCUCUGUGUUGCUGUUUCAUGGCUGCCUUCCUUAGACACGGGUUCCUCCUGGCCCUGCAUCGAAGCACCGUCUCAGUCCACCGUCCAGCACUGCUUGCAGCUUUUCUAGGAGCACGCAGGACUAAGAAGUCGUGGCCUGUGAGUUUCUCUCAGGAGGAGCUGAAGAAACGCCUCAGUCCUCAGCAGUACCACGUUACCCAGGAGAGAGGAACUGAGAGUGCCUUUACAGGAGAGUUUACGUUCCACAAACAUGAGGGAACCUAUAACUGUGUGGUCUGUGGGGCCCAGCUGUUCAGCUCAAACACGAAAUUUGACUCUGGAUCUGGCUGGCCGUCCUUCUACGACCUUCUGAAAGAAGACUCCAUCACUUUGUCGGACGAUUUCUCCUACGGGAUGCACAGAGUGGAGACCACCUGCAGUCAGUGUGGAGCUCAUCUUGGACACCUAUUUGAUGACGGUCCGAGACCUACAGGGAAGCGUUACUGCAUUAACUCAGCCUCACUGGCUUUUCAGCCUGAGGACACAAACUCCUCAUCUUCCUCGGGCUCCUCCUGUGAGCGAGGAGCAGCCAGCAGCCCAGUGACUGAGGGCAAGCCUGAGCUGUGAGCAGGGSAAGCUGGAAGCACUGUCGGAACAGACAUCGAUACACACUGUAAACGAGCUAUUARUACUUCUGCGAGACGUUAAAUCCAGUUACAGUAAAACAAAGUGGGCCUGAUGGACGAAGAAUAUUAGACCUUAAUGCUCACGUCUGGAGCGAGGAGCGGCCUCACGCUGAGGCUACCACCAUGAUGGUCACCAUAUGACUGAGACCACUGGGUCAUUACAUUAUUAUUGGUGUAAUAUGAACUGUAGAACUGAAGGUUUGCAAUAAAAGAUGCCCCGCCUGUUUUCUGUAUUAGAAUCCCACGUGUUUACCUGUGUGUUUCACAGAUGAGAUAAUUCAGGUUUGAAAAGUUUCCAGUUUUCCUUCUAUAAAACACUAAGUUUUUAUGAGUUUUUUAAGUGACUAAAGAGGAAGUUUUCAGUGAAAUCACGUUUGACAGAUGAAGACUCAAAGUAUCACCUUUAAUUUUAUGUGUACCUCAUGUUUGGAUUGAUUUUUUUGUUUGUUUUGCUUUUGAGUGAAUAAAACUUGAAAAAGUA